AGACGUUUCUUCGAAUAUUUGGUUGAAGCCAAAGUCUAAAGCUCAAAGAGAAUUAAUGUCGUGUGUGAUUCGGUUCAGAUUGAACGUGUGUGUGAGUUGAAGCUUUUAAUACAAAAUCAAACGGAAAUUCGCCUUAAACUAUCGCAGAGAAAAAUGCAUUUCCUGCAUUUACAUUUUGUGAGCAUCGCCGCCUUUGUUUUAGUCAUUUUAUUAGUUAAACCAAAAUUCAGUAUAGCCAUCGGCCACAAGUGGCAUGCGAUGACGAGUACAUUUCGCUACUUACAAGAGACCAUGUUACGAACAAGUCUCAAUCGUGCUCAACUAAAUUAUGGCAUUAUUUUUGAAUGUCGUACAACCUCAAAUAAAAGAAUAGGUGAGGAAGCACAUUUCAGCUUGCAACUGGGAGACUUGAAAGGUUUUCGUCUCCUGGAUAACAAUAGAAAACUGGCUUUAUUCCUGCAUGGCUGGAAUGAUGAGGGCAGUAAGGGAUGGGUACAGGAAAUGUUAAGAACUUGGACAUUUUUUGAUCCCGAUCGCAGCGUUUGCGUUGUCGAUUGGGGCCACUUGUCACAGAACGAUUACAAGACUGCUUCCAUGUCUAUCUUUGAUGUGGGACUAACUGUGGCGGGUAUUGUUGAAGCUUUGGAGCAGUUAAGUUCUAAUAAUUUUAGCCGUAAAAAUGUAACUAUAGCUGGCUAUAGUUUAGGAGCACAUGCAGCUGGUUUUGCAGGAGCUGCUCUCAAUGGUGAAGUUGAACAGAUUAUAGGUCUAGAUCCGGCGGGUCCACUAUUCACCACGCCCUCGGUGGUGUCGCCCAAGUAUAGACUGGAUCAGAGUGAUGCACAAUUUGUACAAAUUCUACACACAUCAGCUGGUACUUUGGGAUCGGGUGUGAAAGCCGGACAUGCUGACUUCUAUCCCAAUGGUGGCAAGGCUCCGCAGCGUAAUUGCCGUAACUUUAUGAAUCUACAGGAUAUGCAAAAUACCAAUCCCAUUGCAUGCAGUCAUUCCACAGCGGCUGUGUUUUUCAAACAGUCCAUGGAUCCUACUUAUGCCUUUAUGGGCUACCAUUGUGAUAGUUAUAAGAACUAUGGCCGUGGUAUGUGCUGGAACAAUCGUCGAGGUCGUUUUGGCAUUCAUUCACAACGUGUGAGUCAUGGUAAUUUCUACUUCGAUACGCAGCCCAAUAAGCCCUAUGUAAAGCAGACAACAAGACGACGUUGGCAGACUUCACAACUUUGGAACAGUCGUUACGGUUAAU